AUGACGCAAGCAAAGGAGGUGGUGACGGCAGCACUGGAGGCGGGAUGGGGGACGGUGGUGGUGGACGGCGCGGCGGAAGAAGGGGAGAGCGGAGCGGGGAAGAAGGGGAAGCGCAAGGGCGGGAAGGACGGGGAGGAGAUGGUGGAGUGGGAGU